UCGAGGUGGGGUUUUCAGACUUCGGCGGCCAGAAUGCGGCAGAUCUCAUCGAUGCUGCAGGGCCUGGCCCGUUCCAUGUCUCUGGGCAAGGAGAGGAAGGCCGGCGAGGAUAAGGAGGAGGAAGAGCAGGGGACGGUGCUGCGCACGUCGGGGACGCUGUGGGGCGAGGGCUCCGAGACGUUCGCCGCCGUGUGCUCCCGCCGCGGCGAGAAGGGCACCAACCAGGACUGCUCCAUCGUCUGGGAGGGAUUCGGUUGCCAGGACGACUCCAUCUUCUGCGGCAUCUUCGACGGGCACGGCCAGUGGGGCCACUACGUCUCCAAGGCCGUCCGGGACUCGCUGCCGCCUUCCCUGCUGUGCCACUGGCAGGAGGCUGUCGCGCUUGCGUCGCUCAUCGACGGCAAGAAGAUGCUCUGCGACUACCAGUUCGACCUCUGGAGCCAGUCCUACCUGGCCGCCGCCGCCGCGGUCGACGAAGAGCUCCGCCGAAGCCGCCGCCUGGACGCGUUCAACAGCGGCUGCACGGCGCUGUCCGUCGUCAAGCAGGGCGACAUGAUGGUGGUGGCCAACGUCGGCGACUCGCGGGCCGUCCUUGGGACCACGUCCGACGACGGAGGCCUCGCCGCCGUACAGCUCACCGUCGACUUUAAGCCCGACCUACCCCACGAGAAGGAGCGCAUUAGGCAAUGCAAGGGCCGCGUGCACAGCCUCGGCGACGAGCCCGGCGUGCACCGGGUGUGGCUGCCCGACCGGGACGCGCCGGGGCUCGCCAUGUCGCGCGCGUUCGGGGACUACUGCGUCAAGGACUAUGGCGUGAUCUCGGCGCCGGAGGUGACGCGGCGGCGGAUCACCGGCAGGGACCGGUUCGUCAUCCUCGCCACCGACGGGGUCUGGGACGUGCUCUCCAACGAGGAGGCGGUGCGGGUCGUGGCCGCGACGCCGGACAGAGAGAAGGCGGCGAAGCGCCUGGUCGAGUGCGCCGUGCGCGCGUGGAGGCGCAAGCGGAGGGACAUCGCCGUCGACGACUGCUCCGCGAUCUGCCUCUUCCUCCACUCGCCGGCGUCCUGAACUGAUCGAACAGCUAUGUUGUUCCUGCAUCGUCGUCGGGAAAGAGGAAAUCGCACGCGCAGUUUUGUUCGUGUUGAUCGGUGCCGGUGCGCGACGUCGCCGUCGGAAGAGACUCUCUUUAGGCCAGAAGGUCCAGUUUGUCUCAUGACAUGACCGGGACGUUGCAGGAUUGGUCUGGAUCACCGGAAAGUCUCCGGUAUUCACACACUCGCCAAAAUGUGCGAGAAUCAACGACAGUCACUAGCAUAAAGCAGAAGGAUACAACAGACAUUUUUUCGUCACUUUAUUGUGUGUGUGUGUCUCCUGCUUGUAGAAAUGUAAGUAAAUUAUCAUUUGAGUUAACACAAAUAAACAGUAGAUGAAAUCAAAAA